AUGGCUGGCGAGUACGGCUCAAUCACCCAACCCUUUACAGACUUUGACUCCUCGUCUCUGGACUCCAGCAGCAGCGUUAAUGGGAGCGAGCGAACCAUCACUCCCGAAUCCUUUUACUCCAUGGCUAGCUGGAAUGCACAUUGCUUUCAACCAGACAUUUCCAGCAGCACUGCAGCUGCCACACAUCUGGCAAAUAGCAACUACGUCACGGCACGUCGCCAUGCUGAGGUUCACAAAUAUCCCAACGCCACCGCACCAUUUCACCAUCGAACCUACAAUCCAGCCUCGCCACUGCAGCAGGGAAUCGGCCAUGCAUGCACUGCAUCGCAGGUGACCGAGGUCCACUUCCCUCGACGGCCGAGGACGGCAUUGUGCAACGAUGGUGGAACUGCGUGGCACCAAGGCUGCGACACUAAGCCCUCCGCCAGGCUCAUCAAUCCCUAUAGCAUUGAAGGGAUCAAGGCGACGCCGGAGAGCCGCAAGGAAUUUUGGGAUUGGUACCAGCGGUGGAGUCAAAUCAAAAACUGA